CUAAAAGUAUCAACCAAUAAUGAUCUCCAUGCAUGAUGCUCAAAAACCAGUCCCGAUUCAUAAUCUUUUCCCAACAACAUCCUUUAAAUUCUUCAGUUUCUCUCUGAUCAUCUCAAAUCACCGAUCAGCAUCAGCCAUGGGAGAAGUUGAUCCAACCUUCAUCCAAGAACUACAACACAGACCUAAACCUGCUGUAAUAGAAGCCCAUGGCAUCCCCCAAAUCGAUCUCUCCACGCUGCAAAACUCCUCGUCACCUGUCGGCAGUGAUCUAGAAGAUCUGGUGGCUGACGUCCGUAACGCAUGCAAGAAUUGGGGAUUCUUCCAGGUCAUCAACCACGGGGUUCCAAUCGAGAGCAGUGAAAAGGUAAAGUCGGCGGCGAAGAGGUUUUUCGAUCAGACGGCAGAGGAGAAGAGAAAGGUGAGAAGAGAUGAAGCGAAUCCGUUAGGUUAUUACGAUACUGAACAUACCAAAAACGUGAGGGACUGGAAGGAAGUAUUUGAUUUCACGGUGGAGGUUCCGACGACGAUGCCGGCGUCUCAUGAUCCCGACGAUGAACAGACCACGGAGUAUCGUAAUCAAUGGCCGCUCCAUCCUCCAGAUUUGAGGAAGGCAUGUGAAGAAUAUGUUAAGCAUGUGCAGAAGUUAUCAUUCAAAUUGUUGGAACUGAUCUCCCUAAGUUUGAACCUCCCUGCAAACCGGUUAGAGCCCUUCUUUUCCAAGGACCAAACCACUUUCGUUCGGCUCAACCACUACCCACCUUGCCUCGCUCCUGAUCUAGCCCUUGGUGUUGGACGACACAAGGAUGCCGGUGCCAUGACCAUUUUGGCUCAAGACGAUGUAGGAGGCUUGGAAGUUAAGCGAAAAACCGAUGGAGAGUGGAUCUUUGUCAAGCCUACACCUAAUGCCUUCAUCAUCAAUGUCGGGGACAUUAUUCAGGUAUGGAGCAAUGACACCUACGAGAGUGUAGAGCACAGGGUCAGGGUGAACUCCACACGGGAAAGGUUUUCAAUCCCGUUUUUUGUAAACCCUGCACAUUAUACCGUCGUGGAGCCAUUAGCAGAGCUGACAAGUGAAUCAAACCCUGCCAAAUACAAGGCUUACAAUUGGGGCAAAUUCUUUGCCACUCGAAAAGUUAGUAAUUUUAAGAAACUUGAUGUAGAAAACAUACAAAUCUAUCAGUUUAAGAAACCCAAUGCACGAAAGAUUGAGAGUCUUGUUGUAUAAAUAAGAAGCGAUGCAUGUUAUCAUUUCAGAUAAGUAGAAUAAUUCUAGAGGCCGAUACUAAGAUUAAGCUUUGAUCAAUAAAAAUAUGUCAAUGUAUCUACUUAUUGGGUGAAUGUUAUCAUGUAGGAGAUCAAGAGGGCUAUGAAGUUACUUUUGUCUUGGUGAUUUGUAUCAUAAUAUCAUUUAAGUGUAAUGGGAUUGAUUUGUUGACC